CUGCUUUAGAGUAUCAUAAUUACAAUAAAAACCCAAUAAACUCUUCAGAAAACAGUUUAUAGUAAUUAAAAGUGAUUCUUCCCCUAGUGACCAAUUAAAAAUUCAUAAAACGUGCACCAUAAAAAAACCCGAAACAAUAUUUAAAUAAAAUGGAAAGCAAAUAUGUAAUGGCCAUAAAUCUAUUUCCAAUUACAGUGAAGUGCGUUAGCGGUUGCCAAGAAAAAUAACAAACAGACGAUCGUCGGUGCCAAUGUGUUUAUGAUGAACGCCAGCGAAAUCAACGAAAUUGAAACGUAAUCGGGCGAAAGUCGGCUGGCCAAGUGCGUGAAUGCACAAAUAGGAAAAUAGAAAAAUAGGAAAUCAAGAGGCGGCUUCAAAGGAAAAAGGAAGCCAGUUCUCCAGGCCCCCAACUCGCGAGUGUCUGUCAGUCGUUUUGGAUAUUCGAGGGGAACGGAACGGAAGGCCCGAGCGUUCUGUCAGCGGAGUGACAUGCAGCAUCUGUCUAUGAUGCGGCCAUUGGGCCAGGACGUGAUGCUGUGUCGCAGCUAGAGGGAAACACCCGAUGCCCCCGAUGAUGCUAUUUUUAUGAGGCCCCAGACUACGGCCGACGACGAAGACGACGACGACGGAUGCGUGGCCCCAUGAAAAAUCAAUUAACACGCAAAAUUAUUAAAGACGAAGAACUCACACACACUGAAAGUCGAAUAAGUAAACGAAAACCGAACGAAACUUGGAACUGGGAUCUCGAAUCUUGCAGUUCCCGCUCCCGGAUCCAUAGAAUAUAACUUCAAAAAGCAGCUGCUCUGGGAUGUCGCGCCUCCUUGGAUUGGCAUUAGGCUGCCUUCUGGGCCUGCUGGCCAUGCUGCUGCAAUUGCCAUCCGUGGCAGCCAUGAAAGUCUCCCUGUUCGGCGACGGCUACAUAUCGAUGCCGCUGCAGGAGGCCAAGAUGUCAACGAACAUCCGCGUCAAGUUUCGCACCCGCCAGGAGAACGCGCUGCUCUUCCUGGCCGCCGGCCGAACCGAUUACUGCCUGCUGCGCCUGGAGAACGGCCUGAUCAGCUUUGGCUAUAAAAUCGAACGGGAUGUGGUGCAGUUGCGUUCACCCAAAAAGCAAAAGCUCAACGACCUGGAGUGGCACGACGUGGCGGUGCAGCGGUUCGAGAACAACAUCACCUUGCAGGUGGACAGCUAUAUAAUGCGAAAGCAGUUGCCGGGCGAUCUCAGUGCCCUCAAUAUACACUUUGGGACAUUUCUAGGUGGCGUUGGUGACUUCACGGCCGAGUUCUUGAAUGAUGUUAUUGGAUUUCGGGGCUGUAUAUCGGAUGUCUUCUACAACAACAUCAACAUUAUAAAAAGGGCCAAGGACCGCACCAGCCACACCACCAGCACUGGAGUAUCCUGGACCUGCAGCAGUGAGUUCGACGGAACGACACAGGACAGCAUUAGCUUUCUGAAGAACGAUUCCUAUGCCUUGAUGCUGAAGGAGUCGCAUGCCAUAGGAGAAACCCUCUCCCUGCAAUUCCGCACCAUGGCCACGGCUGGCAUAAUAUUCUUCAACGGCGGCUUUGAUUUCAUACUCCUCGAGAUCGAGGAGCAGCGCCUGAAGGUGACCUUCAACAAGGCCGGCAGUCUGGUGCAAUUUAUGACCAACGAGUCCGUCUCGGACGGCAAGUGGCACCGGGUCCUGCUGCGGUACAACGCCGCCAUCGCGGAGCUAAUCCUCGACGAGGCCGCCGGUGGCUAUCGGGGAACGCAUGCUAACGAGACCAAGGCGAGCAUAAAUCUCGAGAAGAGCGUCUUCUUUGGCGGCGUCCAGGAGGAGAUGCGCCGGCGGCUCAUCGGAAAGGGACUGCGGAUCAAUGAGGUCAGCUUCAAGGGCUGCAUGCGGGAUCUCCGGGUGAAUGAUCUGCCGCUGGGCUUCGCCGAGAUGAGCAUCUCGCGGCACCUGGCCCUGGGCUGUCUGUGGAAGUAUCCCUGCGUGGAGCACAAUCCCUGCCUGAAGAGCGGCGUCUGCAGCCAGCACGGCGUGGAUGGCUUCAUCUGCUACUGCGAUCAGUCCUACUGCAUCAAGGCCGAUUUCCAGGGGCCCUUUAAGAUCUUCACCGAAACGAGUCCGGAGCUGGAGCUCCUCUACGUCUCCCCCAUGCAGCUCUUGGAGGGAGGCACCGCCUUCCUCUCGCCCCAUUUCAUCGACAUCAUCCUGGAUCUCCGCCGCUAUCCGAGUCUCAACGAGCAGUCCAUCAUCUUCCAUGUGGUGCACCAGCCCAGGUACGGCCAGCUCCUGCAGUAUUCCUCCGAAAAAACCAACUUCGUGCCUUGCCGCAGCUUCAAUUUGGUGGACCUGGCCACCGACAAGCUGAAGUACGUGCACAAUGGCCAGGAGAACUUCAACGACCAUGCCACGCUGGACAUGCAGGUCUUUGGGGACAUACACAAGAUACCGGAGAACAUUCUGGGGAAGCACAGGUUCCUCCUGCACGCGAAUAUUACGCCCGUGAAUGAUCCGCCGCAGCUGAGGCUGCAUCUUCACAAAAUCCUGCGCGUCAUUGAGGGCAUCGAGAGGGUCCUCGACGUGGAUCUUUUCAACAUAGACGAUCCGGAUAGUGAGCCCGGCAAUUUGAUAUACACCAUCCUGCCUCCCCUGAAUCCCCAGGAGUCCUUCGGCUGCUUCAUGGUCGGCGGAGUGACUACCUCCACCUUCUCGCAGGCGGAUGUCAAUGUGGGCAAGGUCUCAUAUCUCUACAACUCCACGACAACGGAAUCCUUUAGCUAUCAGCUGCAGCUCCAGGUAUCGGACGGCAUAGAGACCAGUGACACAGUCUAUCUGCCGGUGUCGGUGCAUCCCCUGGAGCUGCGACUGGUGAACAACACCGGGCUGAUCAUGAUUCACAAAAGCUCGCUGCUCCUGAGCCCCGCCAAUCUCUCCAUCGGUACGAAUGCCCUGGAUGAGCCCUCCAUUGACAUUAGGUACGACGUGGUGAAGGCGCCGCAGCAUGGCGUGCUCCAGAGACUGCGCCAGAUCGAUGGCUCCUGGGUGAACGUGGACUGGUUCAGCGACAACCAGCUUCUGCUCGGCCACAUCCGCUAUCUGCACAGCAGCGAUUUCCCUUGGCAAGACGAAUUCAAGUUUAUUGCCUCGUUUGGCUUUGUUACCACUCAAACGUUCGACUUCCGCAUCACCUUCACGCGCCUGGUCAUAGAGAGCCACAGGCCAUCGAAGAUUGCCAUCAAUGGGAGCCGGGAGAUACCGCUGACCAGCGAGAUCCUCUCGUACGAGACCACGCCCAUCGGCAGCUUCCCGCGGAGCGUGAUCUACAAGAUAACGAAGCCCACUCGAUAUGGCGGCAUCUACGUGGAGGGAUCCCGGAAGGCGGCCAAGCAGCUGGACUCGUUCACCCAGCAGGACAUAGACAAGCGGAGGAUCCGCUACCAGACGCACCACACCAGCUACUCGAGGUUCACGGAUCACCUGGAGUUUGUGGUCUCGGUGGCCGAAUGCGACGAUGUGGCGGGAUCGCUGGAGAUUAACUACCGACCGCCCGAGGAGCUAAUCAACAAGCUGAGCUAUCAGACCCACGAGGUGCUUCAGGUGCAGGAGGGCGAGCGGGCCUUGAUUACAAAGAAUCACUUCGAGAUUCGCUUCAACAUUUACGAGAGCCUGGAGUUCCAGGUGAGCACCAGUCCCGAGCACGGAGUCAUCUGCAAGUACGACGAGCAGACGGGUCUCACCACGCCCGUGGAGGUAUUUAGCCUGGAUCAACUGUUCCGGAACGACAUUUACUAUUGCCACGACGACACAGAGUCCACGCGGGACACCUUCGAGCUGCUCAUACUCUCCGGCGACGAGACGGACCUCCAGUUUGUCUCUAACAUGGAGGUGCACAUCAAGCUGGUCAACGACAACGAACCCUACCGCUCGGCCAUGGAAAGGGUGUUCCAUGUGGUGAGGAAUGGUAUCAGGACGCUCAAUCCCACGGUGCUGCAGUACCUGGACGCGGAUGUCAAUACAAACCACACGGACAUCCACUUUAUCCAUGUGUCCAGCACGAAUGGGGCCUUCUACAAGUCGGGUCACUUCAUCGAUAGCUUCAGCCAGGACGAUAUCGCCAACCGGAGGAUAAUGUUCCAGCACACGGGCCCGGAUGCCGGCACCGCCUCCUUCAUAGUCACCGAUCGGGAGCACGAAGUGAAUGGCCUGCUGGAGAUCCGGGCCUCGGAUCCCUUUGUCUCCAUGCUGGCCACCAACGCAUCCAUUGUUCAAGAGGGCAAGUUUGUGGUUCUCAAGAACAAAGACUUUAUUUUGGAGACGAACCUGGACAUUAAGCUGGAUGAAAUAUACUACGAGGUGAUCAAGCCCCCUUCCUACGGCAUCCUCAUGUACCUGAGCAGGGCGAACGAGGGGGAGAAUGGCACCACCGUCUACAAGGCCACCAACUACACGUCGCUGAGUAACUUCACCCACCUGGACAUCGAGCGCGAGCGAUUGGUCUACUGGAACACGGAGAUUGCCUCGAUGGACAAAGUCAGAUAUCGAGUUCACAUCAAGAACAUAACAGCCGAGGGUGAAGUCAUGUUCCGCAUAUAUCCCUCGGCCUACUGGGAGCCCCUGCAGGUCAAGCAGAACCACACGCUCUAUGUGGAGGAAUCCACCAGCGUGCUCAUAUCCCGAGAUGUCCUGGAGGUUGUCCAUCCCAACAUCUCCCCUGGAGACAUCACUUUCUUGGUGACCUCCUCGCCCAUGCACGGCUACCUGGAGAUGCAGUCCAUGUCCUUCGACGACGAGUACAACUGCAAGGUGUUCGACCAGUCCUCGGUCAACACCGAAAAGAUGUUCUACAUACAAGCUGGGGUCAAUCAGUCCACGGAUUACUUUGUCUUCGAUGCCACCAAUGGCAUCACUUGGCUCCGGCAGCUGAUGCUCAAGAUCGUCAUCAUACCCGAGAAGCUCUACAUGCACUCGAACAUUAUUUCAGUUGUGGAGGGCAAGACUGUCCAGCUGAAUCCCACUGAUAUACAGCCUUACUCGGAGUACUAUCGGGGCAAGAUCCUCGAGUACAUCGUCACCAUCACCGCGAGUUCGGGUCACAUUCUGGCCGGAAACUCAAAGGUGAAGCGAUUCACCCAGAAGCAGCUGGAGCAGGGCAGCAUUCAGUAUGUGCAUAAUGGCAGCGAGAAUGCCACUGAUACCAUCACCCUGGUGGCCAUGGCCAGGAACAAGGAGAGCGUGCCCUUUGAGCUGGAGUUUGCGGUGGUUCCGGUUAACGACGAGGAGCCCAUGAUGGUCACCAAUACGGGUCUGCAGGUGUGGAAUGGCGGUCGUUAUGUCAUCAGGAAUACGGAUUUGUUGGCUCAGGACUACGACACUCCGCCGGAGAAUCUCACCUUUGUGGUGCAUCACAUUUACGGCGGUUACUUGGCCCGAAAAUCCGCACCUCAGCGCAAGAUCGAGCAGUUCACCCAGGCUCAGGUGAAUCGAGAGGAUAUAUACUUUAUGCACGACUCCAACUCCCGGCGGAAUGAACUCUCCUUCAUAGUCACCGAUGGCCUGUUCAACACCUCUACUCAGAUCCUUAACAUUGAGAUCAAGCCCAUUGAAAUCCUGGCCGAGCACAACGAGAACCUGCAUGUCUUUCCGCUGACCAAGAAGCAGAUACUCCGCGAUCACCUACACUUCAAGUGCUCCGACGAGGAGCGGGAGAUACACUACAACAUCACAGUUCCCCCAAGUCUGGGGCGCAUUGUGAAUGAGUAUUUGGAUAAUGGCUUCACGAAGGAGGUCAACGAGUUUACCCAAACGGAUGUCGAUAAUGGCCACAUCUUUUACGAGCACACGGCCGUCAUUAUGGAGUUUCGCAUCAACGAUUCCUUCUACUUCGAUGUGGUGGCCGAGCGGAGUGACCGGUUGUUGGAUCAAAAGUUCAACAUCGAGAUAUCGGUUUCUUCUGGGGGCUUGCUCAGGUUCCUGCCAGUGAAUAAGCUCUCCGUGGAUGAGGGCGGUUCGGUGCCUAUAAAACUGGAUUUCUCAAAGAUCUUGGAGUACCUGAAAACGAAGGCUGGCAUCAAUAAUCCCGAGCUGUUUAUAGAAGCGAUACAGAAACCCUCGCAUGGCAACAUCGGUCUGGGUCAUGAGUUUAGGAAUAUGCAGAGGUAUCACCCAAGUGAUUUUUUCACCAAGAAAGUUUACUACAUGCACGAUCAUUCGGACACCUUGGAGGACACCAUACUCAUGUCGGUUUAUCUGACCCAGGGCAACAUUUUCCUUUGCAACCUCACCAUACCGGUCUCCAUAAACCCCAUCAACGACCAACCCUUCCACUUGAUCACCCACCUGCCUCAGAUGACCGUGGUCGAGGGCGAGAAUCGCACUAUCACCAGGAACGAUUUGCUCACAGAAGACGCGGAUACACCCCCCGAGGAGAUCAUGUACGACGUGAUGAGCGGACCCACGCUGGGAGUGCUCAAAAAGAUCUCGAACGAUGGCCAGGUGGAGGAUCUGCUGGCCUUUUCGAAUCAGUUUACACAGGCGGACAUCAACAACGAUCGGAUCGUGUAUGUGCACUUUGGCACGCCGCAGUCCACCACAUUUUGCUUCACUGUAUCCGACGGCCAGUCCAAUGCCGCCUACGAGAUAUUCACCAUCAAGAUAGCUCCCAUAAGUCUGCAUCCUGCGGCGGUUCAGGUGCCAGUGAAGGUCCAGCAGGGCGCCACCAGUGCCUUCAUGAAACUGGAUCACAUUGGCGUCACCACGAAUGUCCAGGUGGCGAGGCUGUCCUACAAUGUCACCAACUCUCCGCUUUACGGGAUCAUAGUCUUCAAGCAUCAGCCCACGCUGAGGUUCAACCAGCAGCAGCUGGAGACCUCACAGAUCAGCUAUAUGCAGACGGAUCUGAAUCGGUCCAACGACACCUUCCAGGUAAGCGCCUAUGUCCCAGGCACCAACUAUGCCGCCCAGGUGGACGUGGUGAUGGAGGUGGAGCCCGUCAUACAAAUCGCAGACAUAGUGAUGAAGGAGGCCGACACUGCCACCACGGGAGGCAAGGUGAAGCUGCUGCCCUCGCUGGACAACGACAAUCCGCUGUCCCUGAAGCUGAACAAGUUCAAUCCGAAGUUCGUGAUCACCAAGAUGCCGGCCACGGGGCAGAUCAGGAAGAUAAUCCGCAGCACGGGCCUCACUUCCGAUGGCCAGAACGAGCGGUCCACGAAUAUCUUCUCCUACAAGGAACUGCGGAGUGGCGUGGUCUACUUUGUGCCCCACUCGCCGGUGGAGGAGACUGAGGCGGACAGCGAUACCUUCGACUACCAGCUGCUCAUCAAGACGGUGCAGCCGGCCCAGGCCUCGGUGCUGAUAGAGUACAGGAGCAGGAUCGAGGAGACGGAGACGGUUCACCUGGGCAGUGCUGGCGGCUUGUCCAUCAAUUACCUGGCCAUAGGCUGUGCCAUAUUCAUCGUUCUAAUCUGCCUGCUGAUCGUCCUGCUGAUCCUGAAAAUCCGCAAGCUGCGGAAGCACAAGGCGGACAUAUCCAAGGACCAACCGCCGGCUCUGCCCUGUCCCCCGGACCUGACCUCCGUGAGUCCGCAGCACCAUCUGCACAACCACCACCACAGCAGCCAUCACUACGCCAGCUCCGAGGCGGACUCGGUGCCGGCCACCGGCAACUCCACGCCGCUGCCCGGCUUCAGCAAUAUUCCGCACUGCAAGAUCAUACCGGUGGAGUCGUACAAGCACGAGUUUCCCGACUACGACCCCGACGAGGAGGAGACGGAUGACCAGUGCGACCCGCAGCAGAUGAUGCUGCCGCAGCGCUACAAUCCCUACCACCUGGAUCACGACGCCUGGAGUUCGUCCUGCGACAUGGCGAACGACUUUGCGGGCUAUGCCUCGGUGCCGCAGAGUAUCUCCGGAUCGGUCAGUUCGCCGCCCUCGGCCCCGCCCACGAAUCCCUUGCUGCGAAGGAACCAGUAUUGGGUUUGAAGUACUACAAAUAAACUAAAAAGUAUACAAAAAGAGGGAUCAAGGUACAGUGGAAUUUCGGGAUAAUUAAUUUUAAAAGGUCACGAAUUUAAGAGUUGCUUCUGAGUUUUUUUUUAAUAUUGUUAACGACAAAUAGUGCCACAACAAACAUCAUGUUCCCCAAGAAGUUCCACUGUAGAAUGACAAACGCGAUCAAAAUUGGUUCAAAUUGGAUCGGAAUUAUUAGUCGUAGGUUAUUUAUUUAAGUGUAAGCAUUACAUUUAAGGCUGAUGUACGAGAUUCGUUAGGGAUUAGAGAGUGGAAGCAUUUUAUAAAAACUUACAGCAAUUUUUAUAUGUAUUUCUAUAUAUAUUUCCAUAUAUUACUAUAUAUAAUAUAUGAAAUCCAAAACAUAUCUGGCGUGUCAUAUACAAGCAAACGAUUAGAUUUAGAAAAGCAAUCGAGAGUUAUACUCAAAAAGCCAACAUAACUUUAGACUUAGAGACAUUGUGUUUGCCAACCUGGAAUACUUAUUACAAUAAAUGACAAUACUUUUAAGCGGAA